CGGCGAUCAAUGUACAUCUAAAGGUACAGCUGUGGAUAUGUGCCUUCCAGUCAGAGCAGCAGAUUGUGUGGCUGACUGACAGCAGGGUUAUGUGAUGCCCGCAGAGACGUCUGGACUGACCUCUGAUCAGAGCCGAAAUGCCCCAAUUCCAUCACAUCUGUGAGAGUCAAGGCAGAAGAGACUAAAAUAGAGUUGGUGUCUCCAGAGGGACUGAUGCUGAGAGGAAUCCACCCAGUAUAAACACGACCCAUGAUCUCCGCAGUCCUCACAGCCACAAGAUAUGAAUCGUCAAAAGUCAAAGAGAAACAUCUCAUAAGCAAUGCUUUGUUGUUAGACCCCAAAGGCAAGGCGUUUGUAUGAGAUGAAUGGUGAGGUUUGGGAUUAAAGCAAUAACUGUGUGCAUCAAGGAUUUUGAAAUUGUCCAUCCAUCAUUUAUUGAAACGGGCUUGUGCGAUAUUUCCUCAGGAUGGGACAAUGACAUCAGAACAUUUAACAGGCCUAAACUGAACUGAAGCACAGUGACAGAACUGGCUCAAAUGGACAGUUUCUUGAUCUCCAGAUAGACAUCCCAUGCUAAUUACUGGUUUAAUCGGAUCUACAGUGGCUUUACAUCUCAGAUCACAUUGGAUUUGAUCUCUACAGGGAUUUGAAGAACUCUUGCUGAACCAUGAAGGAGGCAAUCCUGCAGUUUUUCAAUGAUAUGUGGAGCCUCGUUUCAUCCAAGCAUGACCAGAGCAUCUACAACACGGUUUGCCUAGUGGUGCUUCUGACUCUGCCGCUGGUUGUGCUCUUCACAUCUGUGCUGGUGUGCUGUCAUUGUUGCUGCUGUCGUCAUGCCGAUGGAUGUCGGUGUUGUCGCGGCAAAGGCGAGACCUCAGUCACAAAUGUGAAGUCCGAAAAGAAGAAAAAGAAAAACGGCAGCCAGAACAGUGAGGACUUGUGGAUCUCAGUCAAAACAGAUCCCAUGAGUAGUGACAGACUUGCACUCACUAUGGUGUAAAAAGCCACGUUGAACAAUGAACAAUUUUAUAUUUAUUUAUCUUUUUAUGGUACAUGUAAAGGUACAAAAGUGUUGCAGCAGUGUUUACUAAACAUAUGCCCGAAUGUAAAAAAAAAAAAGAAAAAAAAUUCAAGAGACUUUUUGUAUAGAAGUGAAAUUUGGGAGUGAAUGAAUGUGCAAGAAUAUGCUUUAUGAUGUGUGUGUGGUCCUGAAAGGCUUUCCCAAAACCCACAUUGUAGGUGAAAAGAAAUGCAUAUCUGUCAUUAUACAACAGUUAAUCCAGGGCCUUGGGUUUGAUUUGCUGAGCUGUGUUUUUGCAUUUGACUGUGCUGCUUUUCUAUUGAUUUUUUUGUAUAAACAUGCUCUAGACGGACGUGUUUGAUCU